AUGUUUGACCAGAUGAUGCUUCACUACCCACAAAGGCCAUUGGAAAACAGAUGGAAACCCAGUGUUGAAAUUGCACCUAAUUGUCCAAGAUGUGCUUCACCCAACACCAAGUUCUGCUACUACAAUAAUUACAGUUUGUCACAACCCAGGUACUUUUGCAAAGGUUGCAGGAGGUACUGGACCAAAGGUGGGUCCCUCCGUAAUGUUCCUGUUGGUGGCGGAUGUCGGAAGAACCGACGGUCACGACCUGCUAGAUCCUCACAAACUGGAGGUGGCGGUAGCUUGGGUUAUCUUAAUAACCCGAGCUGCAGUGGUGACUCGGCUAACGAGUCGCCUGAACGAUCCAAUAUCGACCUCGCUGAUGUGUUCGCUAAAUUUUUGAACCAGAAUUCGGAUCAAGCGGAUCUAGAAAUUGUUGGUGAAGAUUCCUCAAGUGGGAUUGGGAUUGAAAUGCCGGUAUGUGAUUCGACUGAGGAAGUCGAAUUGCAAAACAUGGUGAUUCAGGAUCCGUUUAUGGGGGAUGACAACGAAAUCGAAGAGUUUAUGGUUCAGAAUACAAACCUUCUGGAGCUACAUGAUAUACUUAACGAAGAAUUGCCUCAAGAGAUCUCGUGGAGCGAUGAGACCACUACGCUGUCGAGUUUCACAUGGCAACAGGAUUUUGAACCGUUCAUAUGCAACAACGAUGAUCUAAAUAUCUCUGCGGAUGUAGUUACCGACAAUUGGAGCCCAGCGACGUUGGAUCUGCCAUCGGUCGGGAAUUUUUUCCCGAGCUUUUAA